UUGUCAUGGAUGUCACGCCUGCGCAGUAGCCAACGUGAAAAUCUGAAUCAUCGAUGGAGAGCAAGGGAGGGAGAGCUGGUUGACUGUAGAGUGAUGGGACCCGGCUGAGGAAACAGCAGCGAGUGAUCACUCUCCGAGCUGGGAAUGACAGGAUGACUUCAUGCUCAGAGAUCUGUGGGUCUGAAUACAGUGAGCAAGCUCAAGCCGGUGGAAACUACCAGCAGUAUGGAGUCCGCUCUUACUUACACCAGUUUUAUGAGGAGUGCACAGGAUCUAUCUGGGAGCGCGAUGACGAUUUUCAGAUUCAGAGAUCGCCAAGUUGGUGGAGCUCUUUACUCUGGAAGGUCUGUCUCGCAUUUGGUAGCGUGAUCUUAUUUGCUGGCCUCAUUGUUCUUUUGGUGGGAUAUGCAACACCAGCUAAGAUUGAAGCAUUUGGAGAAGAUGAUCUCUUCUUUGUUGACAGCCAUGCAGUCAGUUUCAAUCAUGCCCUGGAUGCUUGUAAGUUGACGGGCGCGGUUCUAUUCUGUGUGGGUGGCACCUCCAUGGCCGUGGGUCUUCUGCUGUCUGCCUUUGCCAAAAGCUACUCCAAAGAGGAACUGUAUCUGCAGCAGAAGUUUAAGGAGCAUUUGGCAGACCUGCAUGCAACAGUUGGAACCCCAACAAUGAGAGCACCAACCCCUGGAGGGGGAAAGGUACCUGUAACUCUUUCAAAAGUGCAAAACAUCCAGCCGGUGACCACAAAGCCAGAGCCCUAAUUGUAGUCCAGAAGAAGAAGGCGUACAGCGGUUUGACUGAGGAGCAAUCCAUUUGCAGUGCGAAUGCGUGCGUGUGUGUAAAUCGAUCUAUGUAAGCUUUUUUCUUUGUGAAAGGUCAGUUUGCAUGACUGAUAGUAUUGGUUCUUUGUCCUUAUUUAUCUCAUAUGACAUUUAAGCUUGUUUUGAAGGAGUUAACAUAGCUGAACACAGUUGUGUUGUCAUCUCACACAGCAAGCAUAGCCUUACCCUGUAAACUGGAGAACAAAGCACAGAAGCAAAUACGAAUGCUGCAUCCAUUCAACAGUGUUCGUUUCCUCUGGGUUCCCCUUCUGAUAGUGGGAUUAAUUUCCUUUCAAAGUGGAAGGUAAUGCUACUCUAGAGUGGGACACACACAGUGUUGUUUGAAGUUAUCAAAGACAUGAUCAAAAGUAGCACUGAAUACACUAAUCACUUUCUCUGCCUCAAGGGAAAAGAAGGAGGAUGAGUGUUUGAGAAUGCCUACCUUGUAUGUUUAGCUCAAGUGCUCAUCCAAGGACUGGUCAUGAGAGCUGUGAAUUUAAAAAAAAUGGCAGAUGUAGCUUACAAAUGCGCCCUCUUUGUGCAUUUUCCUUGUGAUAGCAACCCAGGAGUCAGAUAGUCUGCUAAAAGUUGACAGCGUCAGGUCAGGUCAGAACAUCGGAACAGAGCCUCAUGCCAGAUUUCACGCUGACAUUUUCUUCUGUCUUAUUUGGCCACUGGCCUUGUAUCUGUCAGUAAACAUUCAGACAAAAUCAAUAGAUGAGACUAGACACAAGAGCAGAAGGUACGUUCAAGCAGAUAGAACAUGCAGAACCACAUAGUGUGGGAGAUUAUUUUCAAAACAUGACACAUAAGCAAUUUGCUAUUCCACUGGCAGAAUCUAUGAAUAUAACUCGAUUUUGUUACACUUAUUCACCACACUCCCCCUCUUUUGUCUCUUUCUCUCUGUGCAAACAUGUAGAUAUACAUGCAUUCACGCAAGCGUGCACAUUUUGCACCAUUCUUUAUUCAAACGUUGUCACAGUUUGGUGCUACUUGUGAAAAGUGACACAGGCUGCACUAAAAAGAGACAAAACAACAUGACAGGCAGGUUACAUAACAGAUGGAUUUGGCAAGCAUUCAGCUCUCCAUUGAACAGCAGCAUCUGAUUUGGUCUGAAACAUUCUUAAAGACUCCCCGAUCUCACACUGGAACUAGAAGUUACAUAGUUGCACUCAUCUUAACACAAUAAUGCAUUACACAAUUGAAAUAAUGACUUAUAUCAUCAUGAAAGCAUCAAUGAAAGUAUUUGCUUGUGUAUAGUUUUUAAGGCCACUUUUAUUUAUUUAUAUUCUAUUCAGGUUCAAUCUUACCAUAACAUAAACUAACAAGCACAAUAAGCUAUUGACGGUCAUAUUUUGCUGUUUUUAAAUAUGCUGUCUGAAUAUAUCAUGAAAAAAAUUCUGUAACAAAUUGAUAUCCAUUGUGUAUUAUUCAUGUUUCUUUUUGUUUUCUCUAUAUUAUCUGUUGCAGUAAUUGUAUAGAAAAAUGGCAUAGCCUACAAAGAUAAACAAAAUUAUUUGUACUGUACUUGGUUAGAGCCAUGUUAGAAUAUAAGUAAAAGGUUUAUCCAAACUGGCUCAUAAUCAGAUCAAUGCAGCAACUCUGCAAAAUAGUUAAGAGUUUAAAAAAUGACACAUUUCUUUUCUGGCUACAUACUGUGUGCUUGUGUGAGUUGACCUUUGAGUAGUCCUUCUUUCUACCUUCAUUCUUCUGUUUUUCUUCUUAUCACUCAGUGAGACUGAAACUUUUUUUUUUCAAAUGUAAAACAAAAACAUAACUAAAACCAUAAGAUUUUAUGAAACAAUAAAUGAGACAUGGCCAAGGCCAUGACAAACCCUCCAGUCUGGUCAGAACUUCAGUAUGUGAUCAGUGAAUGUGUUGUAAUUAUGAGCUAUUCCAUGCUUACAUUACAGUUUCAUUGUCACAACUGACUUUUUUUUCUGCUCUGAAUCUUUUUGUUGGAAUCUAAUUCUGAUUUUCACGCCAUUUCUGUCCUGAAAACAGCGGAUUAUCCCAAUUAAUAUUAUAUUGCUGUACUUAAUGUAAAUUGGAUCAUGAAUAAAUAUGUAGGUGUCCAUAACAGCGUGUUUAUUUUUUAAAGAACACAAUAAAGAUUAUGUCUUCAGCUCAUUAA